AGUCACAUAUCUUUUGCAACAAAUAUUCACUUGUGCAAAAGUUCAGGAGAAAUUAUUGGCAGAAUUUCCAUCGUAUUUGUGUUCCACCUGCAAAUCGCACUUUGAUUUGAUGGAAAUGUAUCGCUCGCUGUGCACUUUAAACAAUGUUAAAGUCGAACGGUUUGAGGAAGCAACCGACACCACCCAUUUGGCUGGUUCCGAAACAACUGCAGAGCAUUCUAACAACAUGCAGCAAACCGAUGGCGUUGAAUCGGUGUGGAUCAAAACUGAGAUUGUCGCAGCAGAUUCGAAGGAGGAUUAUCAAUCGAGUCAAACGGUUUCUAAUUCGCUACAGAUAAGUAGUACAUACGAUUAUAAUCAUCAUGACGAUUUAUUUGAGGUAGAGGAACAAUCGCUGGAAACACUUUUGAAACGUGAACCAUUGGACGACCAGCAGCAGCCUCAGUCACCGGUUGCAGAUCUAAUUCAAGAAGAAUUUUCUAUGGCAGGGAAAACCAUCACGGUUCCUGACGACCCAGCAUUAAUUUCAGAUCACAACAAUUUAAGUAUCAAGCAUGUAGCGGAAAUCUCUACAUUGAAUCAAAUGGAUACUUGUGGCGAAGAAAAAUCAGAACACACUGGUAAUCAAUCUGUCUCCGCAGUCGGCGAGCAGCGACUGUUGAGGUCAAAUAAGCGACGAGGUUUCCAAAAGGAUAUCGCCGCUGCAGAGUUCUCAGUGUCUACAAUGAAGAGCCCAAAAAUUACUCGUAAUGUGCAUAGUAACAAGCAAAAGCAACAGUGCCCUCAUUGCCCCGCCACGUAUCCAAACACUUCCAAACUAAAGAUUCACAUCCGGACUCACACCGGUGAAAAGCCGUUCAUGUGUAAAGUCUGUAGCAAAACGUUUCAUGCGGCGCGCAACCUCCGCCUCCAUAUGCAAAUUCACGGCAAGGAACAACUUCAAUGUCCUCAUUGCCCUGGAAAAUUCGUACGGCAAUACGAACUAAACGGUCACAUUCGGACUCAUACCGGCGAAAAGCCAUUCACCUGUAAAAUCUGCGAUAAAGCGUUCCAUGCGGCAAGCAACCUGCGCAUCCACAUGCAAAUUCAUAACAAGGACCUGCAUCAAUGUCCUCAUUGCGAUGGAAAGUUCGCUAAACGCUACAUGCGUGUACAUAUGCAAAUUCACGACAAAGACCAACACCAAUGUCCUCAUUGCCCUGGCAAAUUUUCACAGCAAUCUUAUCUUAACGAUCACAUUCGGACACAUACCGGAGAAAAGCCAUUCACCUGUAAAAUCUGCGAUAAAGCGUUCCAUGCGGCAGGCAACUUGCGCAUCCAUAUGCAAACUCAUAACAAGGACCAACAUCAAUGUCCUCAUUGCCCUGGCAAAUUCGCAUUACAAUCCCUUCUUAAGGAGCACAUUCGGAUUCACACCGGCGAAAAGCCAUUCCAGUGUAAAGUCUGUAGCAAAACGUUCCAUGCAGCGCGCAUCCUGCGCCUCCAUAUGCAAAUUCACGGUAAGGACCAACUACAAUGUCCUCAUUGCCCUCGCAAAUUCAAACGGCAAUCCCAUCUUAAGGAUCACAUUCGGAUUCACACCGGCGAAAAGCCAUUCCAGUGUAAAGUCUGUAGAAAAACGUUCCGUGCAGCAAGCAACCUACGCGCCCAUAUGAAAACACACGACAAGGACUUACCUGAAUGUUCUUAUUCCCCUUGAAGAUUCGCACAAUAAUCCAGGCUUAAGAAUCACAUUCG